UGGCAUGGGAGGUGUGUGUGUGACAGUGAAGACCACUUAAUUCCACCGGAGGUCAUUCACAGAAAGUGAUUUACUGGAGCGCCUGCGCGGCAAAUCGCAACAGAGAGAAUGAGCAGACGAGUGGGCGACCUCAGCCCGAAGCAGGUGGACAUUUUAGCCGAGUUUCGGGAGCGGCUUGAGGACGUUCUCCCAGACCUUCCCGCGCAGCAUGAUCACUACCUGCUCCGCUGGCUCCGAGCCCGAAGCUUCAAUGUUCAGAAAGCAGAGGCGAUGCUUAGAAAGCAUCUGGAGUUCAGGAAACACAUGAAAGCAGACAGCAUCAUCGCUGACUGGAGGCCUCCUGAGGUGAUCGAGCGGUAUGUGUCCGGGGGGAUGUGUGGGUACGACCUCGAGGGAAGUCCCAUCUGGUACGAUGUCAUUGGGCCCCUGGACCCCAAAGGUCUGCUGCUGUCCUGCACCAAACAGGACUUCAUGAGGACCAAGAUCAGAGACACAGAGAUGCUCCGCAGAGAGUGUCAGAAACAGACAGAGAAGUUGGGGGUUAAUGUGGAGACGAUAACCCUGAUCUAUGACUGUGAGGGACUGGGCCUGAAGCACCUGUGGAAGCCUGCUUUAGAGGCCUAUGGAGAGAUUCUUACCAUGUUUGAGGAGAACUAUCCUGAAGGACUCAAGAGGGUGUUUCUCAUCAAGACUCCUAAACUAUUCCCGAUGGCCUACAACCUGGUCAAACACUUCCUGAGUGAAGAGACACGUCACAAGAUCAUCAUUCUGGGAUCUAACUGGCAGGAGGUGUUACUUAAGCACAUUGACCCGGAGCAACUCCCGGUGGCGUACGGAGGAACCCUUACUGACCCUGAUGGUGACCCUCGCUGUCGAACCAUGAUAAACUAUGGCGGUACGGUGCCCAGGUCGUACUAUGUUCAGGACAAUAUGGUCAAGGUCCAGUACGACAACAGUGUGACCAUCAGCAGAGGCUCCGCCUUCACACUGGAGUAUGACAUCACCACCCCCAGCAGCAUCCUCAGGUGGCAGUUUGCCAGUGAUGGGGCAGACAUAGGCUUUGGGGUGUUCAUGCGGACCCAGGAGGGGGGUGGGGCUCAGAAGGUGGGGGACAUGCUGCAGGUGUUGCCUAGUGAACGCUACAACUCACACAUGGUCCCAGAGGACCGCUCACUCAGCUGCCCCGAGCCUGGAACUUACGUGCUGCGUUUUGACAACACCUACAGCAUGCUGCAGUCGAAGAAGAUCAGCUACACUGUCAAUGUUCUACUGCCAGACGGACAGACACAGAGCCCUAGGAGUAUCAGAGGGGGUGGACGGCUGGAGUAACACACACACACACACAACACACGUACUGACAGACAGACACAGAGCCCUAGGAGUAUCAGAGGGGUGGACGGCUGGAGUAACACACACACACACAACACACGUACUGACAGACAGACACAGAGCCCUAGGAGCAUCAGAAGGGGUGGACGGCUGGAGUAACACACACACACAAAACACACGUACUGACAGACAGACACAGAGCCCUAGGAGUAUCAGAGGGGGUGGACGGCUGGAGUAACACACACACACACAACACACAUACUGACAGACAGACACAGAGCCCUAGGAGUAUCAGAGGGGUGGACGGCUGGAGUAACACACACACACA